AUGUUAUUCACAUUCACCUGUCUACUCGUUGUUGGAUCUGUAGCUGUAUCAGCACAAACAGCAUGUACAGUUAAUCAUGUGAAGGGUACUUGCAAAGUAACUACUUCAUGUACAGGUAAAUCAGUUGCUGGUCAUUGUCCCGGCGCUGCAAACAAUCAAUGUUGCAUCCCAACGGGAACCAGUUGCACAGCAAAUGGCAAGAGUGGAUCCUGUGUUGCUACAUCAGCCUGUGCAGGCACAGCCGUAGCUGGUCAUUGUCCUGGUGCUGCUAGUAUUCAGUGUUGUGUUGCUAGUGGUGGUGCAUCAGGUUCUGCUAAUGGACUCUGUGGAAGCUAUGCUGGCGCUGCUGUUAGUUCAAUUAAAGGUAAUGGUAAUGUGGCUUAUUCAGUAGUUAAAAUACGUACUGAACAUCUUACUAAUCCUGCUAUACACACAGCUGCUCCUACGGCAGCAGAUAAUACAAUGACGACUACAACAGCUUGUGCUUUCGAUAAGAUGGCUGCAGCUGCUAAACAAGCAGGUGUUGCUAUUAAAAUUGCUUCUGGUUUUCGUACAGUUGCUCGUCAAGAAUAUUUCUGGAAUUGUUAUCAAACUAAGAGCUGUAAUAAUGGUAAUUUAGCUGCUCGACCAGGUACAUCAAAUCAUGGUAAAGGUAUUGCUCUUGACUUAAACACCGACUGUGGUUCACAAUCAGGUGCUAAACCUAAUUGUGGUGGAAGCAAAGUUUAUCAAUGGUUGUAUAAAAAUGGUGCUAAAUAUGGAUUCAAACGUACUGUUCAAUCAGAACCAUGGCAUUGGGAAUAUGUUGGUGCUGGUGCUACUCUUGCCAGUUUCUCAUAG